CAGGGUAUGGGGAGAGCAUCCAAAUACCCCUCUCUCCACCAGCUGCCAUGCUCCUCUUUCUCGCCCCACUCUUGUCCCCCGCCCGUCCGGAACGCCUGCGGGUUCGGGGGCAACGGCUCGGGAACGGCCAGCGUCCGCGCCGCCAGCCAGGCCAGAGCCCGGUGAGAUCCCAGCGUCUGCACUCCGCCCCCGCCGGGGCAUCAGGUGAACGGCUGCCUGGAGAAGCCAGGGAGCUGAGGGCUGCAAGUUGUGAGGAGGAGACCGCGGCGCGGGUCCCAGGGACAGGGCUGAGUCGGUCACAAGCAGAGCAGGCACGUCGCGGGCGCUCAAUAUUUGUGCAAUGAAUGAACGACCGUCGCCCCUGGGGGCUUAUCGCUCAGGAAUGAUGCAACCAGAGAGGAGCAGCCAGAUUUACAGCUAUAAGUACUCCUCUCAAAAUUCUUUUUUGUAUGAUGUUAAGCGAGAAGUGUACAAUGAGGAGAAUUUUCAACAGGAACAUAAAAGGAGGAUCUCUUCUUCCGGAACCAUGGACAUCAAUAUCACCACCUUCACACACAAUGUUCAAUGCAGCUGCUCAUGGCAUAGGUUUCUAAGAUGCAUGUAUAUGAUCUUUCCCUUCCUCGAAUGGACAUGUUUGUACCGAUUUAAGGAAUGGCUUCUUGGAGAUUUACUUGCUGGUUUAAGUGUUGGCAUUGUGCAAAUUCCUGAAGGUCUGACACUUUCUUUGAUGACAAGACAACUGAUUCCUCCUCUUAAUGUCGCUUACACAGCUUUCUGUUCUUCUGUAAUUUAUGUAAUUUUUGGAUCAUGUCAUCAAAUGUCCAUUGGUGAGUUCAAUACUGGAACCAAAGGAGGUCCCUUCUUCCUUGUGAGUGCUCUGAUGAUCAACGUCCUGAAGGAGAGACCAUUCAAUUAUGGUCACCUGGUCAUGGGAACUUUUAUCAAGGAUGACUUUUCUUCCCCCACCUACUUUCUCAACUAUAACAGAUCCUUAAAUGUGGUGCAAACUACAACUUUUCUGACUGGGAUUUUUCAGAUAUCAAUGGGCGUGCUUGGUAUGGGCUUUCUGUCCGCUUACCUUCCGGAGGCUCUGAUCAGUGCUUACCUAGCUGCUGUCGCUCUGCACAUCAUGCUGUCCCAGCUGACUUGUAUCUUAGGGAUUGUAAUUAGCUUCCACGCUGGUCCCAUCUCCUUCUUCUAUAACAUAGUGAACUACUGUAUAGGUCUCCCCAAAGCUAAUUCCACCAGCAUUCUACUGUUUCUAACUACUGCUGUUGCUCUGAGAAUCAACAAAUGUAUCAAAGUUUCUUUCAAUCAAUAUCCCAUCAACUUUCCAGUGGAAUUCAUUCUGAUUCUUGGCUUCACUGUACUUGCUCACAAGAUAAACCUGGUCACAGAAACCAGCCGUAACUUCAUUGAGAUCAUUCCAUAUAGCUUCCUGUUUCCUUCACUACCAAAUUUCGGCAACUUUUUUUCUAGACUUAUUUUACCAGCUAUAUCCUUAUCUCUUGUGAGCUCCUUUAUGGUUAUAUUUCUGGGCAAGAAGAUUGCUGGUCUCCACAACUACAGAAUCAACUCCAAUCAGGAUCUAAUAGCCAUUGGCCUUUGCAAUAUUGUCAGUUCAUUCUUCAAAUCUUAUGUAUAUUCUGCUGCUAUUGCCAGGACUAUUAUCCAAGAUAAAGCUGGAGGAAGACAACAGUUUGCAUCUCUGGUAGGCGCAGGUGUGAUGCUGCUCCUGAUGAUGAAGGCGGCACAGUUUUUCUACGAACUGCCAAAUGCUGUGCUGGCUGGAGUUGUUCUGAGCAAUGUACUGCCCUACCUUGAAACCAUUUACAACCUACCCAGUCUGUGGAAGCAGAACCAAUAUGACUUUGUUGUCUGGAUCUUUACAUUCUUAUCUUCGAUUUUCCUGGGAUUGGACAUUGGACUACUUAUUUCAAUAGUUUUUGCUUUCUUCAUUGCCACUCUUCGUUCACACAGAACUAAGAUUCUCAUCCUGGGUCAGAUCCCUAAUACCAACAUUUACAGAAGCAUCAAUGACUAUCGGGAGAUUACAACUAUCCCUGGGGUGAAAAUUUUCCAGUGCUGCAACUCCAUUACAUUUGUAAACGUGCACCACCUAAAAAACAAGCUGUUAAAGGAGGUAGGUAUGGUAAGGGUGCCUCUUAAAGAAGAAGAGAUUUUCAUGCUGUUUACUCAACAUGAAUCCCGCCAUAAUGAAAACCCUCUGUGUAGGUGUUCCUGCAACUGUGAUGAACUGGAGCCACCACCUAGGGUUGUCUACACAGAACGAUUUGAAAAUAAAGAGGCUCUUGAUGCGUCCUCUAUUAACCUGGUCCGCUGCUCACAUUUGGAGAGCAUAAAUAUAAGCCCAAGUGUAUCUGAUGAACAAGUGCCAAACACUGGAUCUUCAUCGUCUCAGAGAAUUCAAGGACAAAACUACGGGGAUAUGGAGAAAGUCCGGAUUGCUAACCACCCCUCAAGAAAUAGCUUGAUUCCACCACCUGAUACUACAGAAAGUCAGGAGAGAUCACUCAUCCCUUACUCAGACAUGUAUUUUCAACCCAGCACCCACACCAUUAUCCUGGAUUUCUCCAUGGUGCAAUAUGUUGAUUUUCAUGCUUUGGUGGUAUUAAGACAGAUGUGCAAUUCUUUCCAAAACGCCAACAUUUUGGUGCUCAUUGCAGGGUGUCACCCCUCUGUGGUCAGGAUGUUUGAAAAGAAUGACUUCUUUGAUGAAGGCAUCACCAAGGCCCAGCUGUUCCUCAGCCUCCAUGAUGCUGUGCUGUUUGCCUUAUCAAGGAAGUUUCCAGAGCUCUCUGAGUUAAGCGAGGAUGAAUCUGAGACAGUGAUACAGGAAACCUACUCAGACGUGAACAAGAAUGACAUUCCAAGACACAAAAGUAGUAACUUUCCAGAGAGCCACAAAAAUCCAAGUCCAACCUUUGCCAAGGGCCAGGCGCCAGUAGAAGAGGAGUCAGAGUUUGAUUUGGAAAUGGAGCCCAUGCUGGGGUCAGAACGAGAUGCAGGGCUGGAUUCGUACCUAGACCUAGAUCAGGAGCCGGAGAAUGACACAGAGGUGGAUCCUCCAUCUGAGGUGUACCCAGAUACUGAGCCCGAGUCCGAGCUGGAGCUGGAAGCCCAGAGUGAUGUGGAUCCCAAGACCCCACCAGAGAUGGAGAUAGAGACUGAUCCCGAGAUGGAGCUGGAGCUGGAGAGGGUGCCCCAGCCCAAAUCCAGGUCAAAGGCUUACACGUACCCUCCGCGGCAGCAGAGGCACUCUUAUUCUGAGGCUACCCAAACUCAGUCUCAGUCUCGGCCUCAGACACCGUCAGUGGAGAGGAGAGGGCAACAUAUGGAUUCAUACUCACCCAACGCCUAUGACGAUGAGUUCCCCUGGGAGGUGAACUGGAAAUAAGGGGUCAGAAAACCCAGGCAAAUCUUUCCCACCCAAAAGGGGCCACUUGGUUAGGAAGCCUAGACUGGGUACAUACUAGCAGUACUUGGCUUUUUGACUCCUCCACCUACUGUCUCCUCACUGGGCACUGGGAUUUCACUCCCAGGCCACAUUACCAAAUGCCAAUGGCGCUCUCUACCUUCCUCGUCCAGGCUCACCUUUAUCCCAGGAAAGGGUUUCCUUCUUCAAGCACCCUGCAUCUCUGGGCUUCACGCCAGACUACUUCUGACUGACUUCUCUCAUUUCUGUUUCCCCAUCUCCAAAGAGAUGAGGCUCAAAUAAAAUAUAUAACUCUAAUUAA